AUGCUGUCGCCGACGAGUCGUCGCCUGCUGUCGCGCGACGGCGGCGGCUUCAGCGACAGCGAGAUGGAGGCGAUGCACGACAGCAUGUGGCGCUGGCGCAACUCCAUGGACCGCUCGCGCCGCAGGGGCGGAAUGAUGGGCGGAAGAGGAGGCGGCGGAAUGAUGGGCGGAAGGGGCAAGGCGGUAAAAGAAUCCGCGGAAAAGGAAGCUUUCCCCGAGGGCGACUGCGGGGGAAACGGUGGCGGAGAGAAGCAGGAGGCCCCCCAUUUGGAGCUGAUUCGACGAAGCAUGCGAGCCGAGCAUGCCAUGACUGAUGUGCCUGGCAUGGAUGAAAUGAUGGGGGAUAGGGAUGGUAUGAUGAUGGAAGCGGAUGAUAUGAUGGAGGAAGGUGAUAUGAUGAUGAAUCAAGCUGAUAUGAUGAUGCAGGGUGAAAGCAUUGCAACAGGCAACGGCAAGGUGAUGAUGCCACACGGGGAUGGCAUGGUUGGAAGGCAGGUGGAUGACAAAGAGAUGGAAGACAUGAUGGAGGGGAUGAUGGGGGGGAAUAGGAUGAUGCUGAGAGGUGGCAAUGCAUAG